UUGUUAUGAUGUCACCGGUUUGCUGCAAACUGUUCAAAAUAUGAACACUAAUUCAACUGCAGCAGAAACAUUGUACUUCCUGGAUGAAAACGGCCCUCAGAGAAGGUUGAAGCGCGCUCCCGCGAGCUGCGCGCAACAGAUGUCGGGUCAGGUCGGAGAGGAGGGCGCCAAAUAGGAAGCGCGGCAGAUGUGUGUGACUGUGUGUGACUGUAAUCACAGCAACGACGGGACUCGUUCUAUCUGUAGCCUCACACAUGAGUGAGUGGACCCGCAGAGACGGAGCACCGUGUCGCCUGGACGAAGACAGCGGCCGAAAAUGGAGGCAGACGGAGUGAGCGUAUGGCCACGCAUGGAGCCCUUUUUACUGGGUGCCCUGCAGGUGGCUCCCUCCUCCAAGCUCAGCCUGCACUAUCUCCGCAAGAUGGCGAUCUACGUGCGAACACGAGAGGGCUGCUUCCCCAUUUUGGGCUGGCCCAUGUGGAGGCAUAUCGCCUGUGGGAAGCUCCAGUUUCCAGAAGACCUUGCAUGGCUCUACUUUGAGACCUUUGACCUUCUCAUUGGCCACACUCCAGAGGAGAGGCUGGAGUGGGCAGAGUGUCUUUCCCAGUGCUCUUCCAAAAGCGAGCUGGACCAACAAAGGAACAAGUUGUCUGUGGACACACUGCAGUUCCUCCUCUUCCUCUACAUCCAGCAGCUGAACCGUGUGUCUCUGCGCACCUCUCUGAUUGGUGAAGAGUGGCCCAGUCAUCGCACUCGCUCUCCCUCUCCAUCAGACCGAGAGGCCAAGACUAGCUCUCAGAACAAGAACUGGGAUGAUCAGGCCCAUCUGUCAUUUGUACAGAGCCAUCUAGCUGAGAUUCUGGAGCUCCUGGUGGAGCCGGGACAACUAUCACAAUCUGGACAGGGCCUUAGAGACAGCCAGAUAUCCCUGCAGGCUGUGCGGAGCUUGGGUCUGCUCUUGGAGGGCUCACUUAGCCACGGCAGAGCUGUCCAGCCUGUCCACAGGCUGCUGACCAAAGGUCCACUCCAGACGCAAUCGGGCUACUCUGUACUCAGCCACUCUUUCCCUCUGCAUAAGCUACUCUCGUGUCUCCAGCACACACUCACGCUGAACCCCUUCGGGAUGACAGCCUGCCUGCACUCAGGCAAGAAACUAGCCUGGGCUCAACAAGUGGAGGGAGCCAUGAAGAGAGCGAAAAUAGCCCGAAACACCCACAUGGCUCCACCUGGCAGUAAGAUGGUGCUGAUGUCCCAAGUCUUCAAACAGACCCUGGCUAAAACCUCAGAGAGGCUGACCGGUGCCAACAUCAAAAUCCACAGAUGCUCAGAUGCCUUCAUAUACCUGCUGUCACCUCUAAGAUCAGUCAGUGUGGACAAAUGCCGUGACAGCACAGUGGUUCUGGGUCCUGUUGAGACCAGUGUCCACAUCCACAGCUGCCAGAACGUGCGGGUGGUGUGCGUGGCCGGCAGGAUCGCUGUCGGAGCCUCCUCACGUUGCACUAUCCACGCCUUGACGCCCACCCGCCCCUUGCUCCUACCUGGAAACACAGACAUCACACUGGGGCCCUUCCACACUUUCUACCCCUCCAUGGAGGAUCACAUGGCCAGCGUUGGGCUGGCUGUAGUCCCCAAUGUCUGGGAUCGACCAUUGCUCCUGGGGACCGAGGGCCUCAUCAAGCCCUCUGUCAAUGCAUCGUCCAACUCGGACCCCGCCUGCUACCGCCUGCUGCCCCCAGCUGAGUUUCACACGCUGGUCGUGCCUUUCCAGAUGGAGGGCGACACAUGUGAGGUGCCAGGGGGAUUACCUCCACUAUAUCAGGCAGCGCUUGAUGAAAAGCAGAAGAGGAUACAGAACUGGCAGAAAACUGUGAUGGAGGCCCGGCUGAACAAGGAGCAGAAGCGACAGUUUCAGGAGUUGGUGGAGGUCAAGUUCCAUGAGUGGCUUCUGGAAGCGGGGCACAGGCAGGAACUUGACAGCCUGAUCCCUCCAGCGUACGCCUCUUUAAAGGACUCUGACGGGCCUGCAACAGACGCAGCCCGAGAUAACGAUGCCAAACAUAUGAGGACUGGACGGGGAGUUGGACAGUCACCCAUGACUUGUUGAAUUGUUGGUCCUGUUUGGGUCUUAGUGUAAUUGUACUUGUAAAUUAAGGUGGCAUGGCAGUGGUCUUACUGACACGAGGAGCUUGCUGCAAGUAUUAUUGUGCAGUAUGUUUGAGGUUAGUCACAUGUUGUCUCUGCCAUGUCAAAAGCUGUUGAUGCAGCUUUUAUAGUUACUUAUGUCUCACUUGUUCCUGAGUGGAAGGUACGGGCUGCUUUGUAAGUCCUUAAGAAAAGGCAGCUACGUCUUUAACCUGUCUCAGCGAAGCAGGGAGUGGACUGGCAUGUUGUAAAACGACAUCACGAGCUGUAGAAAAAAAAACACAGGUGCAGCGUCUGUGAAGUCACCACAGGCCUUUAAAGGGACACUUUGACAUGUAAUCAGAAACAGUGGGUGCAGCUGAGGAGGAACAAGGACAAGGCACCAACCGUCUGUGACAGGCUGACAGACCUGUCUGUCAUGCUGUUCUCUCUAUUCUCUCUCUCAGUCUGUUACAGGAACGUCAGCUUAAAGCACGCGAUGCUUUAGGGGAAGCUGCUGUGAACACUUUGGCUCUCUUCCACACAGUCUGCAGUGGCUCUUCACAGAUUGUGCCCAUUUGUGUUGACUACAUGCUGUUUUUUUUGUAGAAAGUCUAUUUUCAGUAAGGAAAGUCGACAGAUUUAAAGAUGGAGAAUUUAGCACUUUGGGUAUUAAAGGUAUGGUAGUGCACCUACAGUAACUCACUCAGGUCAUAGAAGUUUUAGUGUUACAAAAUAACAAUCAAGCGUUUUCCAUUCUGGGUAAAAGGAAGGAACAUUAACAUCAUUUAUUGUAGGUAUGUAACUGCACCGUCCAAACUUUAUCUGACAUUUUCUGUACGUGUGUUUUCCAGGGAUAAUGACUUCUCGUGGCUGAUACUGAUAAGAUAUACAAUAAUUUCACAUUUUUCUGUUUUAAUAAGUUGUUAUCCUGUAGUUUAUGCACAGCUAAGCAUGAGACAGGCAAAGAUGGAUGAUUUAAUAUUUUACAGAUUAUCAGCUAUAAUUUCAUUUUUGGAAUAAACACGAUUUUCCAGUUGUCGACUAAUAAUUUAUCACCCUCCAUAUAUCUAUUGUGCAUCCCUAUUCAGUAUGAAAUAAUUACUCAGUGUGUCCACAUGUCUAACAUCGAAGUGCAGCAGCAAUUUUUAUUGUAGGCUUUGCUGCCGUGCCAGAUGUGUUCAGUCUGCAGAGCUGUGAGCAGAUGUUGCCUAAACGUCUGUUUAAUUUUGUAUUAACGUCUAUUUUAGCAUUAUAGUAAGAUCAUUUUUCAUUUUGUUAGCAUUUAACACCUCCAAGUGUACUUCAGGCUGUUAGCUUCCUGUUUUCACAGCGAUGUUAUGACAUGCAACAGAAGCGCUGCAUGCGUCUUCAGGGCUGCAUUUUCUAUGUUCAUGAGCAUGUACUGUUCACAUGUUACACAUUAAAGAUUCACUGUAAAUGUUUUUAAUGCUGCCACGUCUCUACACAGUGGGAAUGAAGACACUGUCAAACUGCUGUUUCUUGUUUUUGAUGUGAACACAGACUUCUAUGCAGCUACAUGAAGAGCACAGUCUAGUUUUCGACUGUUAAAAAUGAAUAAAUGUUUGGACUCAAA